GACCCCAACCCUCGCCGCCUCCUCUUCCCUUCUUCCCUCCGGCUCUAGCUCGCCGCCGCCGCUUCUCCUUCCUCGCGAGCUACGGGAGACUUUUGUUUUCUCCAGGCAAGUACGAGUUCGAGCACGAGGAGGUAGCGGAGUUCGAGGAGGAGGAAGAUGAGCCGCAGCUUGGGGAUCCCGGUGAAGCUGCUGCACGAGGCGGCGGGGCACGUGGUCACGGUCGAGCUCAAGACCGGCGAGGUCUACCGCGGCUCCAUGGUCGAGUGCGAGGACAACUGGAACUGCCAGCUCGAAAGCAUCACCUUCACGGCAAAGGAUGGCAAGGUGUCGCAGCUGGAGCACGUCUUCAUCAGGGGGAGCAGGGUCAGGUUCAUGAUCAUACCCGACAUGCUCAAGAACGCCCCAAUGUUCAAGCGCCUAGAGGCUAGGAUUAGGGGUAAAGGCUCUGCUAUUGGGGUUGGCCGUGGCCGUGCGGUUGCGAUGCGUGCUCGGGCUGCCGCUGGUCGUGGUGGUGGUCCCGUUGGACGGGGUGGAGCACCUCCGGUGAGGAGGUAGAUCUGUCCACAGGACCAUGGGCGCUGUUAUGUGGCCAACGAAGUUUGCGCCUUGGUUAUCAAAGCAUUACUUGGGCAACCAUGCUUGUAACCUAGCUUAUGUGUCUCUCCAGUAGCCUGCCUGUGUUUACAUAAUGGAUGCAUAUGCCUUUGGCCCCGUGGUGUAUUGCUUAUUUUGAGUCAUGAGACUUGAUAGUUUGAACGAUGUUAUUGAAUGUGUGAUUUGGAUGA